GAAAAAUCCUCGGGUCUCACCCACGAUAAGUAGAAUAAUUAUUCUCACCAUGGUAAUUCUGACGUUUGAUCGAUAGAAUCAAACUGACGCUUUUCGUGCCAGUAGCAUGGAUAGGCUGGAAAGGCCUCAGAUAAUUUGCCAUGCCGAGAAAUCGUUGGAAUAUUCGAUUCACGACGUCAAAUGGGUGCCCUGCUCGGCGAAAUUCGUAUCCGUUGGAGGAAAAUCCAACGGCGCCGGCUUGGUAGAAAUAUACUCGAUGACCGGCGAGGGUCUGGAAAAAGUGAGCGAGUUCACCAGGAAAGACCACUUCAAGUGUUGCACUUUCGACGCUUCCAGCUUGAGAAACAGGCAUUUGGCUACCGGGGAUUUCUCCGGACGUUUGCAAAUUUGGGAUCUCGAAGAUUCGAUUUGGCCCAUAUACAAAACCACCGAGCACCGAUCUAUAAUAAACGCAAUAGAUGGCGUAGCAGGUCAAAAUUCCGGAUGCGGAGCACCGGAAAUCGUCACAGGAUCCAGGGAUGGCUCUGUUAUGGUGUGGGAUGUGCGCCAAAAAGACACCCCAGUGGCCAAAUUCGUGCCGUCGGACGAAAACUCGGCGAGAGAUUGCUGGUCAGUAGCCUUCGGUAACUCCUACAAUAACGAAGAGAGAGUUGUAGCAGCUGGAUAUGAUAACGGCGAUAUUAAAAUAUACGAUUUGAAGGCUAUGAAGCUCAAAUGGUCCAAAUGCGUUAAAAACGGAGUAGUAGGGCUACAGUUCGAUAGAAAGAACAUCACGAUGAAUAAGCUGGUAGCAACGACUUUAGAAUCGAAAAUCUACUGUUACGACGUGAGGACCAAACAUCCCAAGAAAGGCUUCGCUUGCGUCACCGAAAAGGCUCACAAGUCUACAGUGUGGAGCAUCAAACAUUUGCCCCAGAAUAGAGAGAUUUUCAUGACGACAGGCGGAACCGGUAGUUUGUGCCUAUGGAAAUACAUAUACCCCGAUAGAAGAGUGGAAAAGGACGCCGACGGUAUCCCGUACGGCGUGGCUGGAGAAUUGUCCAAUCUCCAGAACGCGACUGUCUCCGAGCAGCCGAUUACAGCGUUCGAUUGGUGCGUGGACAAGAUGGGCCUGGCGGUCUCCUCGGCCUACGAUCAAACGAUCAGGGUGCUGAUCGUAACGAAACUAAAUUUGUACUGAUAAGUUUUAUUAAAGAGUGUUUU